AUGUCUGAUGUCAACACUAGCAAUCCUUAUUAUUACUACAUAGAUCCAACAGUUCAUUAUACAAAAUCAAGACCUCAUCCAAAUGAUAAUCUUAUAGAUUUAUAUAAUUUAUCAAAUAUAGCAAAUUCAGUGGCAAGAGUUAAUGAAACUGGUUCAAAAGGUGUUAAAUUAAGAAAAUCUUAUAAAGCUCAUAUUAAUGAUUUACCAGGGAAACAUAAUAAUAUUCCAAAAGAUCGUACUAUAUCUCCAAUUGUUUAUGCUCCAGAAAGAGAAGGUGCUCCAAUAAAUAUAAAUAAAUUUGAUAAUCAAAUAUUGAAAAAUUAUUUAAAUUUUCAAAAAACUAAUGAUGAUGGGAUUCAUGGUUUUGAUCCUGCUAAUUUAGCUAUGGGUGAAUUUAGUAGUCAAGGUACUAAAAGAAAACAAAAAAAAUCAAAUGAUGAAGAUUUAAAAAGAAGAAGAGUUGAUUAUUAA